AUGACUCUGUGCAUAUUCGGUUUCAUAGAUUUAGCAACUUACUCUAGUAUAAGUGUGGAGGGUGCGGGGUGUGUGGCGGGCGCGGGGGGCGGUGCGGGGUGCGCGGGCGCGGGCGGCGGGAUGAGCGCCCCGCUGUCGGCGGCCGAGGCGCUCUCGUCCCUGCUGUGGCAGCCCUACGACUGCCGCUCGCCGCCCCUCGCGCGCUCGCGCACCGACGGCGCUCUCGCGGCCGGGGGGGGUCAGUCGCCGAACGGCGGUCGACAUGCGCGCGCGUCGUACUGCGCGAUCUCCGAGAUGCGGCUGCCCGUCCCGGCGCCCGCCAAGGCGGACUCGGUCUCCGUGCGCGUGCCCGGCGAGCCGAGUGUGUGCAAUGUGAACAUAGUGCGAGUGGAUGCUCCCGGUGUCGAGAGUGCCGUGCAGACGGAGAGGGAGCGGAGUGUAGCCACAGCUGAGUGUCAGACGGAGGAGCCCCGGCGGCGGCGCACGAGGCGGGCGAGGGCCCCGCGCCCGCCGGAGCCCGAGUGCGUGCCGCCGCCGCCCUACAGCACGCUGCCGCAGCUGCACCCGGCUGUGCUGCCUGUGCCCAGCGCGGUGCCGCUGCCGCACGCGCAGCAUCCGCAGCACCCGCAGCCGCACCGGUUCCCCUUCCAGCCCGUCCCUCUCAGAUUAGGCAGAGGCGCGGCAUACGCGUGCUCCGAAGGCGAGGGUAACGCGCCCAAGUCGUGCUGCGGGAGGCCCCCUUUGCGGCUCUGCGUGCUGUUCCUGGGUGUGGUGGGGGCCUGCCUGGUGGCCGCGGGGGCCGUGCUCGGCGCGCUGCGGCCCCAUCCGAAAGCGCCACUAACGUUGCUGCUGCUUAUGAUAGGUAUAGGCAUAGUGCUAGUAACAGCAGCGGGACUCGCCUGGCGUCUCGGCGCCCGCGAUGCCCCCUGCGCGCUGCUCGGGCUCCGUCGGGCGUCUUGCCGCCGGCUGGUACCGCGGCUGCCUCCGAGCUACGCGCGCCCUCAUCAUCCCUACGCGGCGAUGUUGUACCCAGAGUUUCAUUACCGGCCGCCGCCGCCGACCUACCAGGCGUCCAUGCAAGAAUAUAGACUGAGGUUACUUCUCCUAGACAGAAGUGCGCCCGCGAUAUCGCCGCCCCCCACGUACCGGUCCAACUCAGCUAGUCUACUCAGAGGGACAACGGGAGCCGGUUGGUGUGGGUCCGAGUACAGUGGACCACCAUCGUACCGCGCCCCCCGCGCGGACCCCCCCGUCGCAGUCACAGACGCACUCCCGUCUAUCACGCCCAUAGAACUCAAAUACAACGACACCAUAGAAGCCCUGCCCAAGCCCACCGAGCAGGAGAAGGACCCCGACGAGCAUUUGGUCACAAUCGUGCACACGGACGCGCAGCCCGUCAUCGUAACCGUGUCCGGGUCGCCGGCGCUCAACGAAACGCAUUCACCGCCGCCUUCCGAAAUCGACAUACUGGCACAUUUAUAACGCAAAUGAACAAUUUCAAAUUUCGAAGGAAGAAUGUUGCGAUUUCUGUGCCACUGUGACAACGACGUAAAAAAGUUAACAGUUCGAAUUUCAAAAUAUGUGGUUCGAAUCGAGUUUGAAUUGUUUAGUUUCGGUGAAUAAGAAUUGAAAUAUUUAAACUGAUGUUAAACUUUUAUAGCGACGACGGUAGUUUUUAUAAUUGUCUGCCCAUUUCGAGAACAAAGUAAAGUACCUGUAGAUAAGUUUAUAUUGUGUAAAUAGAAAUUUGUAAGCUGCGGAACAUCCGGACAUUAUUUUAUGUAAAUAAUCGAAGCAGAUUUAUAAUAAUGUAGAGUAAUCUGUAUUGUAUUAUAUUUCCAAUGAAGUAUUUAAAGCCAAAAUUACACCAUAAUGUACAACUGAUGCGUGUUAAUAUACCUAGUGCCAAUGUAUAAUAUAUUCUGUUAAUGAGCAUUUCCAACGCCAGAUGUUAUUUCAAUUAAUUUUAUUCAUACUCUAAUAAAUUGAUUCGAUGUGGUUUGUUCGACCCCAAUUCAGAAUGGCUACAUAAAGUCUAAAAUGUUUUUUGAAUGGGCAAAAUGAUUGAUAAUGUAGUUCCUCAGUUAAUAUCAAAUUCAUUUGAUGUACCUAAUUAGAGCAAGUGAAGCGAACGAGCAAAAUUUUGCGUCUAGAAUUAUUUUGGCGUACCAAAUGAGUUUUAAUUUAUAGAAGGCAAGUGCGUUCUUUUAUUUAUUUUUACUAAUUUGUUUCUGCAAAAUGCGGCUAGACACCAUUAAAUUGUGUUAUAUUGACCUAACUUUGCCAUUUAGCUUAGACAAAUAAUGUUUUAUCUAAGUCUUAUUUCAGAAGAUGUAAGACAUUGUAAAUACUUAAUCCAUGUUUUACUUUCGUUAAUAACUUAAUAAUGGUAUAAAGAGUCACACAUUUACAAAUAAUAUAUGUACAUUAAAGAGGCUAUCUAAUAGGAUAAAAAAUCGAAAGGCUACGGCAAAAGACCGUUUUAUAAAACAUCGAUUUUAAUUUAUUUUUUUGUUAAAAAACACAAUUUUUGUUUUCAUGAAUUAAAAUUUGAUGAUUGUAAAUGCGUGACAAUUUCCAAAUUA